AUGGGUGCUGGAGGUCCUGAUGAGGAGGACAACAGGUGGCCGCCAUGGCUGAAGCCUCUGCUGAAAGAGAGCUUCUUUGUUCAAUGCAAGCAACAUGCCGAUUCUCACAAGAGUGAAUGCAACAUGUACUGCUUGGAUUGCAUGAACGGUCCUCUCUGCUCUCUCUGCCUCUCCUACCACAAAGACCACCGUGCUAUUCAGAUAAGGAGGUCCUCAUACCAUGAUGUGAUUAGGGUCAAUGAGAUUCAGAAGCAUCUGGACAUCAAUGGAGUCCAAACGUACAUUAUCAACAGUGCAAAAGUUGUUUUUCUGAAUGAGAGGCCUCAGCCUAGGCCUGGCAAAGGAGUCACAAAUACCUGUGAAGUCUGUGAACGCAGCCUCCUAGAUUCCUUCAGAUUCUGCUCUCUUGGUUGCAAGAUUGUGGGGACAUCUAACAAUCCCCAGAAGAUGAAGCAUUCAAAGGCAAUGGGGUCUUCUGAUUCAGAGGACUCAUACAGCAGCAGCAGCCAUGGAAGGUCCAAAAGCAGCAACAGGGUCCAGAGCUUCACACCCUCAACACCACCCCCAACUUCUGCUAAUUACAGAACGGCCAAGAGGAGGAAGGGCAUUCCCCACAGAGCACCCAUGGGAGGACUAAUUAUAGAAUAUUAA